AUGGCCAAGCGCCUGGGAGGCGGCCGGCCAGGAAAGGUGCUGGACCGCGAAGAGCGCCUGGAGAAGUUGGUGAAUUCUUGUGCCUUUGGUGGGGCGCCUGUUCCAUCCACGGCGAAGUCCGGUCGGCCUCCCGUCCCCGGUCCGAAAAGCCGCCCCUCCGGUGGCCCCGCUGUGGGUGCUGGGGCACGGGCCGCCUCACAGGGGCCAAGGCCUGGGAGCAAUAUUCAUACUUUGGAUUCACUGGGUACUGGUGGAACUGGCAGCCGGCUUCAGGAUACAACCGAAGCAUACCGUCAGCAGCGCGGAACGACUGCCAAGAAAGUGACAGAGGUAGGAUACCAGUCGAUGACCCCCGACAAGGCUGCAGAGGUCGACAAGGCCCGAGCCAAGGUUCGCGGGGAAAGCGUCGGCUCCGGGAGCUCGCAGAGGUCACAGAGGUCCUCCAGCGUUCCGAGCGCCAAGGUCUUCAGCAUCAGUGGCCAGCAGAUCUCACAGGGCUCUGGCAAGUCCGGAGUUUCUGGCGGCAAAGGCAAGCCAGGUCCUGCUAGGUCUGCUAGGUAG